AUGGUGCUGCGGGCGGUGCGACUGGAGGUGGUGCCGGAAUACGGAGUCAAACGACGGCGUUCUUGCCGAGUUUUGGUGGCCCACAUGGUGCUGCGGAGUCAGAUCUCGGCGCGGCAUGUUCUGAACAAGGAGCUUCCCUGUUUCGCUGGUAAUCCAGAAGAGUGGCCUCUUUUUAUUGCGAGCUACGAGAGCUCCAGCAGGAUCUGUGGUUUCAGCGAUGAGGAGAACAUGCUGCGGCUUCAGCGGUGCCUAAAAGGGAGAGCUUUGGAAGCAGUGCGAUGGCGUUUGAUGCAUCCCCAGAAUUUGCCAGGAGUGAUCGAGUUGUUGAAAAACCUAUUCGGGAGACCCGAAGCUAUCGUCUUCUCGUUCAUCAAGAAGAUCCGGGAAUUGCCGCCACCGAAGGAGGAGAAGCUGCAGACGCUCAUAGACUUCGGCGUGGCUGUUCAAAACGUCUGUGCCACCAUUACUGCAUCCGGUUUGGACGACUACAUGUUCGACGUGUCUCUUCUCCAGGAGUUGAUUGGCAAACUUCCGACAUCCUAUAGCAUGAGCUGGGCGUUUCAUCGACAGGGAUUGCCAAGGGCAACGCUCUGGGAGUUCGGCGAAUGGCUGGGAAUGGUUGUUCAGGCGGCGAGCACUAUUACGUUGCCUUCAGUAAAUGCUCCAAAAGUUGAAAGACGUGGUAGAAAGGACGAUAACUUUAUCAACGUGCACUCGGAGACUUGCUGCUGCAUCGACGCUCCACCGAUGGAAUGUCCUAGUACUGCACCAAAGUCUAGGAGUUGCAUCGUGUGUCAAAAGGAUUGCAGCGGUCUCGAGAAAUGUCAGAAGUUCCUUGAUUGGGAUGUUGGAUCUCGCUGGACGGUGGUUAAGGAGCAGAAUUUGUGUAGGAAGUGCCUUCGAAAACACUAUGGAGCCUGCCAGGUGAAGGAGCCAUGCGGAAAGAAUGGGUGCACGUAUAAGCACAGCAGUUUGCUGCAUGACGACAAGCGGUAUAGUAAGCCGGCGAAUCCUGCGGAAAGCUGCAACAUGCAUUCCAAGGCAAUGCGGAGAGUCCUGUUCCGUUACGUUCCGGUGACUAUCUACGGUAGGGGAAAGCAGGUCAACACCUAUGCGUUUCUCGAUGAUGGAUCGUCUGCUACCUUGAUGGAGCACAGUCUGCUGAAGGAGUUGGGGUUGAAAGGCACUUCCUAUCCGCUGUGCCUCGACUGGACUGGUGGUCAAAGCCGCGAAGAAAACGAAUCGGUCGUACUAGCAGUGAAGAUUUCCGGAAUCAGCGGAGUGCCUGAUGUGUUCGAGAUGCCAGAGGUCCACACGGUUCGGGAUCUUUCUCUUCCGAAGCAGUCGGUGUCGAUACCAAAGAUGGUGGAGAAGUACAGCUAUCUCGCAGGUUUACCGCUGCAGUCAUACGAGAGUGCCUCUCCGCGAAUCCUUAUCGGAAUGAACAACUGCCGUCUAGGAAGCUCGUUGAGGAGCAUUGAAGGAGGUGAGAACGAGCCAAUGGUGUCCAAGACACGACUCGGCUGGAUACUGUACGGUCCCUGUUCAUCGGAGCCCGGUGCGAGGAAUUCUGAUUAUAGUGGCCACCACAGUUUCCACAUCCGCCCGUGCGUCAAGGAGGACGUAAAGGAACUGAAUGCAGCACUUAAGGAGUAUUUUUCGAUCGAGUCGCUGGGGAUUACCGGAGCGUCAAGGUCGAUGCUGUCGAAGGAUGAAGAGCGCGCUUUGAAGAUCCUGUCCACCGAAACGCGGCUGAUAGAAAACCGCUACGAGACCGGAUUAUUGUGGCGUUAUGACCAAAUAAACUUGCCGAGUAGCAGAGGAAUGGCCCUGAAGCGUCUGGACUGUCUACUAAAGCGGCUGAAGCGAGACCCUGAUCUAGCGGCCGCGAUGUCAGCGAAAAUGUCCGACUACGAGGAGAAGGGGUACAUUCGACGACUUUCCGCUCAGGAAAAGGCGGAGAAACAUUCGAACGACUGGUUCUUGCCGAUAUUUCCGGUUACGAAUCCAAACAAGCCAGGAAAGAUUCGCGUUGUAUUCGACGCAGCAGCCAAGGUCAACGGAGUUUCCCUCAAUUCGUAUCUGCUUACGGGUCCCGAUCAGCUAACGUCCCUUUUAUCAGUCCUCUUCAAGUUCCGGGAGUUCAGCGUUGCCGUCGUUGGAGACAUUCGAGAAAUGUUUUUCCAGGUCGCCAUGAAGAAGCAAGACCAGCGGAGCCAGAUGAUUCUGUGGACCAGUGGAAAUGAGAGCGGAGAUCCCGAGGUGUAUGUAUGA